CUGAAGGCUGGAGUGCUGUCAGUAAUGAAGAACUUGACAAAUUUGGAACGGAUGAGAUUAAACUCUAAAUUAAAAGUUACCACUGUGCUAGCGGUGAAAUUGACGAGUACAAAAAAUAUCUUACCAUACGAGUACUACUCGCUUCCGUUUUGCAAGCCUAAAGGAAAAAUUCUUUACAAGCCUGAAAACCUAGGUGAAAUCAUUCGUGGCGACAGAAUUGUCAGUACUCCUUACAAGGUAAAACAACUUGCCUCCGUGUUAUUAUUCUUGUUAUUUGGUGAAAAUACGAUUGUUCUGUUCCGAAAUCAGUCGCAGUUGUUGAUCGAUCGCAUCCGUGAGGAUUACCGUGUUCAUCUACUGGCGGACAGUUUGCCGUGUGCAACCCGGGUGGAGAACGCUGACGCUAACGCCCUCAGGUACUCUUUCGGCUACAAACUGGGGUUCAUCGAGGACGACAAGGUGAGCACUGUCGCUUCGUGUAUACCUUUGUUUUUAGACAGUAAUAAAAUUAUCUGGUCGUACAGCGUCGAAUGGAAACUCAGUGACGUGCAGUGGUCUAAUCGAUGGGAUCAUUACCUGAAAAUGACAAAUUCCGGCAUUCAUUGGUUUAACAUCAUCAACUCAUUUGGCCUUGUGCUGUUUUUCUUGUGUUUCAUUGGUCUUGUGAUAAUAAGGAUUGUUCGUCGUGACAUUGCCAAUUACAACAAGCUCGAUGAGUCGGACGAAGUUCUCGAAGAAACCGGAUGGAAGCUGAUACAUGGCGACGUUUUUCGACCUCCCUAUUGGCCUAAGCUGUUCGUUUCGAUGGUCGGCACUGGCAUUCAAAUAUUUGGGAUGUCUUUGAUUAUAAUCGUGUUCGCAAUGUUUGGCAUGCUUUCGCCUUCAAGUCGAGGACUGAUGAUGACCACGUCGUUGUUUCUCUAUUGUUUCAUGGGGUUGUUCUCUGGCUACUUCUCUGGCCGGCUCUUUAAAACCUUUCGCGGAGUUCACUGGAAGAAAACUGCAUUUCAAACUGCGCUGUUAUUUCCUGGAUUUUUGUUCACGGUUGGCUUGUUUUUAAACGGAUUCGUUUGGCAUGAAAGUUCGUCUGGAGCCUUACCGUUCACGACGUUCGUCGCUUUGCUAUCUAUGCUUCUUGGAAUCGAUGUUCCGUUAGUUUUCAUCGGAUUUCGUUUUGGCUAUCGAAAGCAGAUGUUCCCCCGGCAGUCGUGUAAUUUGUUUUACUUCCGGCGUUUACGUCCCCUAAGUUUAUUUUAA